AUGCAAAGGAUUUUAAAGUCCUUCAGAAUAAGUAAACAGUGUUGUAGUGCUGGACAACAUCCUGGACCAAUCAAUACAAAUAUAUCACCAGGAUUCCAUGAAUCUGUUCACUGUGAACAUCGCUCACCGCCAACUCCAACACCAAACAUUUCCUCAGUAGCAAUUCAACAUAUUCGACAAGAACGGCGUCAACAGCAACAACAAAAAACCUGCACAAUAGAUGAUUCCCCCCCUUCAUGUGAAGUUGGAGAACGAGAAAAUUUGUUGCAUAAAUUAAGCUUGGAAGUGAAUAAAUUGAAAAAUAAACAUGAGGAAGUAAUUUCACAGCGCGAUUCAUUUCAAAACCAAACUAAAGAACUAGAAGAACGCUGUCAUGAUCUACACAAAAAGUAUGAGAAUAAUGCAAAUAACUUGACAAUGAUGGUAAGAAAUAAUCACUCACCACACAUCCGCUUCCUUGACUAUGAGAAGGAGUUUGACAGUGUGGAUAGGAGGACCAUAUGGAACCUUCUUCGAAACCAUGGUGUACCUGUGAACAUUGCCGACAUCGUCCGAAAUUCAUACGACGGACUGCGCUGCAAAGUAAUGAAAAUGCUGAAAGAAACUUCAAAUAUACGUGAAAAGCUAGAUUUACAAAUAGGUCGAUCAAUGCAACUGGAAGCAGAGUUAGCUCGUCUUAAAUCGGUGAAUGCACAGUUGGAAUCUGGGAUUCAAGAAAUGACUAAGCAAAGUCUGUCAAAUGCUCAAACAAGUGCAGCUGAAAUUCGCUCUUUGCAAGAAGAAAAACAAACAGCAUACAAUUCACAUCAAUUAGAAAUCAACCAAAUAAAAAAAGAAUUAAAUCAGCUGAAUAAUGAAAACACUGAGUAUAAGAAGGAAAUUAGUCGAUUACAAACUAAAAUUAAUGAAUUGAAGGAGUUAGAAACACAAAUCAACUCAGUUGGAUUGUUCAAAUCAGAACAGAAAAUGAUUCAAAAUUCAUUCGAAGAGAAAAUAAAACAAUUAGAAAUUAUUGAUAGUCAGAAGCAAAGAGAAGUUGAAAAUUUGUCAAUGGAUUUAAAUCAAGCCAAGGAACAAGUAAUACACAGCCGUAAAUCUCUAGAAAUAUUACAAAGUGAAUUAUCAUCUAGUCGCACAAUGUUGAUAAAAUCAAGAGAAGAAAUUGUUAAACGAUCUCACAACGAAGAACAAUUGGAGAAAUCAUUGCAAAAAUUAAAGCUCGAACUAGAGCAAACAAAUGUACAUAAAACUGCAGCAGAAAUGGCCAGUAAAACAGCUAUCAGUAAUUAUCAAGAAUUGGAAGCACAGAUGGAAUCCUACAAAACAUCAAAUAUAACUAUACAAACCCGUCUACAUGAAGUAGGCAAGGAAUUGGACGAAACAAAAUUGAUUAAAUCGCAGUUAGAAGAAAGAUUAAGCAUUCUGACAGAACAAUUACAGUUAGCGCAAAAACAACUAGAGGAAAAACAAGCACAACUAAACCGCUCUGAUUCAAUUGUAAAUCGUAUGUCCAAAGAAUUUAAACGAACACAAAUAACAAUUGAAGAAAGUGCACAGAAAGUAAACAGUCUAUUUGGGCAAUUGAAAACAACUCAAGAAAAAUUGAAUGUAGCAAAUGAACAAUUAAGUGAAGUGGAAAGUAACAGAAAAAGUUUGCUAAAAGAAUUAGAAGAAUACCAAAGCUCUCACCAUACGCAUGAUAGCGAAGUUCAGUCAAUGGAAGUUCAGGUUAAUUAUCUGCUAAGUGAACUUGGAAAAAUGAACGAUCGCUUGACAACAAAUCAAAAAGAACUGACUGAUUCACAAGCAGAAGUAGAUUCACUAAGAAAACGAAAUAAUGAGUCUACACUUGAAAUACAACAUUUAAACUCAAUGCUGAAUGAAAAACAAAUAAAAUUGGAUGAAUUAGGAAGACAAGUAAUCGAAAUGGAGAACCAACUAAGUUCAGCUGACCAGUAUACUCAAUCAUUAAGUUCAGCUAAUGAUGACUUAAUGAACGAAUUAAAAAAUAGAACUAAUGAAAUAGAAAAACUACAAAAUGAAAUCAAACAAAAUAUGACAGGAAUACAAAAUUCUGAAUUUAUGAUACAAGAAUUAGAAUUCAGCGUUCAACAAUUCACUAAGCAACUUGAACAAUCAGAACUUUUGCGAUCGGAAGCAGAAAAAGCCAGUAAUCAUGCUGUCAGUGAAUCAGCUGCCCUUAAAAUUGAACUGGCUAAAAAAGAUGAACGAAUUAUUAAUUUACAAAAUACUGGCGAUGCAAUUACACAAAAGUUAAAAUCACUUGAGCAGACAUCGAAUCAAACUGAACAAAUUAUCAAUAAAUAUAUUAACUCUGAGAUUGAAAAAGAUAGCAUGAUUCAACGACUUCAGACGGAAUCGGAACACAUACGUCACCAGUUAAUUGAAAGCGAGACAGAACUACAAAGCAGGUCUUCACAAAUAAAAUCAUUAACGUGUGAAUUAGAAGCUGUGAAAGCAGACCUGGCAGACUGUACUCUGCACAGAAAUUCAGAAAAUCUUGCACGUAAACGUAUUGAGUUAGAAGUGGCGGAUCUUCGGGAAAUGAAACUAGCUUUUACAGAACAAAUUGAAAGACAAGAGCAAUUCAUUGAGCGGUUACAAUCUGAGCUUUCAAACGAACGUGAAAGAAACGAUUUUCUUAAUAAAAUUAAAACAGAUAAAGAAAGAGAACUUCAUAGUAUCACAAAUGAAGUGGACCAUCUACAUCAGCACAACAAAGAACUUUCUAGUCGUUUGCUAGAACGUGAAUCAGCUUUAGAUUCUAUGUCACGUGAAUUGGAAAUAUUUACUUCGAGACUAGAUACAACUUCAAAAUGUUUAACAGAAACUGAAGCAGAAUUAUUAGAAACAAAACAUAAAUACGAAUUAUCUGAAGCUAAAGCAAAUAAGCAAAAAGAUGAGUUGAAACAGUAUGAAAUAACUUUAUCGAGUUUAGAAUCACGAUUACUUGAAAGCGAAAGUCAACUAACGAAAUGCACUGGCCAAUAUAAUCAGUAUGAUUCAGUUGACCGAAUUCAGUGUUCACACCUAACGGAUUUAGUGAAAGAUCUUAAACAACAAAUAACAGAAUACAAAAAAGUUACCACAGUUUUAAGAACCGAAAGAGCUCAAUUACAAGAAACAGUCAAUCGUCUUGAAGGUGAAUUAGCUGCACGGUCAGAUGCAUUACGCAAAGCAACAGUCGAUAUUACACGUAUGAAAACGAAGCAUGAAACAGAAUUAAGAGAUAAAACAGAUCAUCUAAAUGAAUCACUUUACCAAAUGGAAAAUAAAUGGAAAGAAGCGUGUAAAACAAUUGAAAAGUUAGAGAAAGAAUACAAAGAUCAAGAAUUCAAACUUAUAGAAGCAUCAACGAACAGUAGUGAUGAAAACAAACUAUUAAAACAGAAACUAGAUUCAAUAGAGUCAAAAAACCGCAUAAUGCACAAUGAACUUGAAACAGUUAAAUUAUCGAGAGAAAAUUUACAAAAUGAAUAUAAUCAUGUCAAGGAUGAACUAGAUAAAUUAAGACUUAAAAGUGAGAGUACUACAGUAAAAGUUUCGGCUGGUAUUCAAGCUGUUCAAAAGUCGGAAAAUGCCAGUACAAAUACGGAGAAUAUUGAAAAAAAUGAAAUGGAAUAUUUACCUAAGCUUCAACUCUCAAGUAAUAGAUCUAAACAGUAUUCAGAACGAAACAAAAUGCGUAACGCAUCACCUUAUGAAUCUGUGAAAUUUACUAAUCAUGAUUUAAACAGUUCCGAUAAUUCACCUGAUUCCAUCGAAUCAAGAGUGGAAGCACUUAAACAAGCUAAUCAUUAUUUAAGAAUGGAAGUCGAAAAUGCAUGUAAAAUGAUAAAUUCAAGUGUUUUAAAUAAAAAUAAAAUGGAAGAAGAAUUUCUGUCCAUGCCAAAAGUAAAGUAUCCAAAUUUAACUCAGUUUGAUCUUGGAAAUCAUAAACACAAAGUUGGAUUUUUCGAUGAAUCGGAUCACUGCAUAGAGUAUAGAGAUGAAAGUUUGGUUGAACAAGAAUCGAAAACUGUUUGGCUUGAACGAGCUGAAUCCGUAAGAUUUGAAUUAAAAAUGGUUGAUCUAUUAUAA